UCCGCAUCCUCCUCGACGCAGUCGCGCGGCGAGGAUCAUUGCAGCAGUACACCGCAGCUCACAACCGCAUUGAAAGAACUCAGUACACAACGAUGCCGAUCGCACCGCCAAUCAACUUCCCCAAGUGGCUCGCGGAGAACGGGCACCUGCUCAAGCCGCCGGUGAACAACUUCUGCUUGUACUCGGGCAAGGACUACGUGAUCAUGGUCGUCGGCGGGCCCAACGAGCGCAACGACUACCACGUCAACGAGACCGAGGAGUGGUUCUACCAGCACAAGGGCGGGAUGCUCCUGCGCGUGGUGGACGACGGCGAGUUUAGGGACAUCAGGAUUGAGGAGGGCGAGAUGUUCCUGCUUCCGGCGAACACCCCGCACAACCCCGUGCGCUUCGCGAACACCAUCGGGCUCGUCGUCGAGCGCGUGCGCCCGGCCGACGCGACUGACCGUCUGCGCUGGUACUGCAAGGCACCGGCACACACGACCCCCACGGUCAUCCGCGAGGAUUCGUUCUACUGCAGCGACCUCGGCACGCAGCUCAAGCCGCUCAUCCAGAACUGGAUGAACAACGACGCGGUCCGGAAGUGCCCCGAGUGCGGGACCGUCGCCGAGGCGAAGUAGGCUGGAGGGAUGAGGAUUGUUUAUGCGUAACGUUAUCGUGUUCGAAGGUCAAGGUGGAACAUGAGCGAUGGUGAUGUUCUCUCAUGUCCUGGUCUAAGAAAGCCGACAAUUCCGAGUGCUCUAUCACAGCCACCGGCGAGUGCUAUACACUGCUUUUAUACGGCGGCCCCACAGCCUAGGCGUCAACUAUCUUCCGACGACAUACCGGCACCGUCAUGCCCCAUACGACGUCAUGGGGCGCAGGUCUGCGCGCACU